AGUUUCAUCUCGAAAAUGACUGCUUUUAUGUACAAUCUCUUUGCAUUCGUAAUUUCAUGCCUGAUUUUGAUCCUUUCUUGCAAAUCAAGAGCCAAACGCCUUAACCUACCUCCGGGUCCCCCUGGUUUGCCUGUCGUCGGCAAUCUUUUUCAAGCUUCUCGCUCUGGGAAACCCUUCUUUGAAUACGUCGAUGAUCUUCGUCGCCGAUAUGGACCCAUUUUCACUCUCAGGAUGGGCACUCGAACCCUGAUUGUACUCAGCGACGCCAAGCUCUGCCACGAAGCGUUUAUCGAGAAGAGUGCACUCUUCGCCAGCCGGCCACGGGAAAAUCCCACUCGAAACAUCUUUAGCUGCAACAAGUUCACCGUCAACGCCGCCGUUUACGGCCCCGUGUGGCGGUCCCUCAGGCGGAACAUGGUUCAAAACAUGCUUAGCUCAAGUAAACUCAAAGAGUUUCGGACUGUUAGAGAGCAUGCAAUGGAUAAACUCAUCGACCGUCUCAAAGCCGAAGCCGAUGCCAACGACGGCGUCGUCUCGGUGCUGAAAAACGCUCGUUUCGCGGUGUUUUGCAUACUCUUAGCCAUGUGUUUCGGCAUCGAAAUGGAUGAAGAAACUGUCGAGAAAAUGGAUGAAGUAAUGAAAGCUGUUUUGAUCACAGUCACUCCAAGAAUCGAUGAUUAUCUUCCCAUUUUAAGCCCGUUUUUCUACAAGCAACGCAAGCGAGCGCUCCGAGUUCGUAAAGAGCAAAUAGAUUACAUCGUCCAGUUCAUCGAGAAACGCCGUGAAGCUCUUUUAAACUCGGGUUCGGAUCGAUCCGUCAUGUCGUUUUCGUACCUCGACACCCUUUUCGAUCUCAAAGUUGAAGGAAGAAAAUCACCACCGUCCGAUUCAGAGAUCGUCACGCUUUGCUCCGAGUUCCUCAACGGCGGAACCGAUACCACUGCAACCGCGAUCGAAUGGGGAAUCGCACAGCUGAUCGAAAACCCAGAUAUGCAGUCCAAACUGUUCGACGAAAUUCAAUCCACGGUCGGUGAUCGGAAAGUAGAGGAAGCCGAUAUCGAAAGACUCACCUACUUACAAGCGGUAGUCAAAGAACUGCUACGGAAACACCCACCCACGUACUUUUCACUCACUCACGCAGCUGUUGAGGAAGAAGCAAAAUUAGGAGGAUACGACAUACCGACGGAUGCGAACCUGGAGAUAUUCCUGCCGGGGAUCAGCGACGACCCGACGAUGUGGACCGACCCGGAAAAGUUCGACCCGGAUAGAUUUUAUUUAGGGAAAGAGGAGGCUGAUAUAACGGGGGUGAGAGGGGUGAAAAUGAUGCCGUUCGGCGUGGGGAGAAGGAUUUGCCCUGGUUUGGGGAUGGCGACGGUGCAUGUUCACCUGAUGAUGGCCAAAAUGGUUCAAGAAUUUGAGUGGAGUGCUUAUCCGGUUAAUGGGAAGGUAGAUUUUAGUGGGAAAUUGGAGUUUACCGUAGUGAUGAAGAACGCCUUGAAAGCAACGAUUAAGCCAAGAGUUUCAGGGUGAGAUAUAUAUACUUGUGUAUGUAUAUGGUUUUCUUGGUGAUUGUAUGCAUGUUUCUCUUUGU